AUGGAAAGAUCGGUCGCUCGAAGACUUGACCAACAAACAACUACCUCAAUUCAACUGGAAGCGUCGCAAAUUCAAAGUCUUCAGGCAUUCAGCAACAUGUCCGAAAUAAUACCGCGGCAUGGAAGUACACAUUUCGCUAAUAUCCCGUACGGCUACUAUGCGCUUUGGGUGAGUGUUGCUUUCAUUUUGUUCACAAUCGCGGGCAGAUUUGUUCUUGGAAGUCGCUCCAAGUCGAAUAGCUACUACAGAAGUCUACUGGGUAGAAAAUGGUACAACGCAUCGCCCGCCCUGGGACUCCCAGUUCUGUAUAUCGCAUUGGUCAUUCCGUUUGUGAGACAUUACAGCAUCGCGGAUCACGUGACUCUGUACUUGAAGCGUUUAGGAAGACUAAGCUACGUGUUAGCGACGUUGAAUCUAUUCAUUACGCUUCGACCCAACCUACUUCUACCCAGAUUUGUCUAUUUGGAUCUCAUUCCACUCCACAAAUGGAUUUCGAGAUCAAUUUUUCUUCUGGCCCUUUUACACGGGAUCGGCUUUUUGAUUUGGUGGGCCAAAGCUCCGGGAGUUUCCAUCGUUGACAAGAGUUUUAAGAAUGUUUGGAAUUUGCUGGGCGUAAUAGUUUUGGGACAGUUCUCUUUGUUGGUGUUGGUUUCCGUGAAAGGUAUGCGCAAGUUGAGCUACCGCACCUUCUACCUUGUGCAUUCGCUUGCCUCUUGGUCGUUUGUUUUCAUGAUUGGACUGCAUGCAAGACCUGGAGUUUUCUUGCCCUACACAUUGAUUAAUACCGGGCUUUUUGUACUGCACAUCUUAUCCAAGACGGUUUUUGCGCGGGCAGUCGAGAUCUUACAUCCAGGCGAUGAGAAUAAUGAAAGUUUUUCGAGGCUCACUCAAAUUUCGCUCCCUCGAAAUGCCAUGCCAGAGUCUUUUACGCCCGGUUCCCAUCUGCGAAUCUCGCCUUACGGUCGCUUGAAUCCUCUUUAUUAUCUGCUUCCAUCACACCCAUAUACGGUCUCUUCUCUUCCAAAUGACACUAAUGUGGAUCUCAUUAUAAGAGAACACCCUAAUGGGUUCCGCCUGCAAACUGGGCUAAGAUACACAGUUCAGAAUCAUUUCGAUUCCCUCUCGUCUAGCUGUCUGAACAAAGCGACACGAGUAGUUCUGGUUUGCGGUGGAAGUGGUAUUUCUUAUGGUCUUCCAAUCUUUCGCUCUUUUGCUUCUUUAGAGAAAAGAGACCAGAUUCAAUACUUGAAACUUAUUUGGCUCGUUAGAGACAAGGAAGACCUUUCAGCACUCAAACAUUUGAAUUUCGAUGACCACUUUGCUGAGGUUCAUGUAUAUAUUACUUCAUCUGUGCCCAAGGAUGAUACAGAUAACAACAGCACAGCAGAAGAUGCACAUCAAACAAGUCCUGUUGUUGCGGGCACCGACGAUUUGGAGUUUGAGUUAGAAAGUAUGACCGAUGAGGUCAACCAAAAUGGGGGUUUAAACCACAUGUCGGACGUGGAAUCAACCAUAACUGGCCUCGCAGCUAAUGUACAUCUCGGGAAAAGACUGGAUUGGGCGACGGAUCUGGCUCAACUUGUGGAAGGAGACUCUCUAGACACUACGUGGCUUGUUACUUGUGGGCCAAAAGGGCUCAAUGACGCGGGAAAAGAAUACGCCAACCAAAACAAAAUAAAUUUGGCAUGCGAGACUUAUGCACUCUAA